GCGACCUGCGUCGUUGCCAUUGAGGCUUUAGGCUUCCUAUCUGAACGAUGCCUAAAGUGGUGUCCCGCUCGGUAGUGUGCUCCGACACCCGGGACCGGGAGGAAUAUGAUGACGGCGAGAAGCCCCUUCACGUCUACUACUGUCUGUGCGGCCAGAUGGUUCUGGUGCUGGACUGUCAGUUAGAGAAGUUACCCAUGAGGCCCCGGGACCGGUCACGUGUGAUUGAUGCUGCCAAACAUGCCCACAAGUUUUGUAACACAGAAGAUGAGGAGACUACGUAUCUUAGGAGGCCUGAAGGCAUUGAACGGCAGUACAGAAAGAAGUGUGCAAAGUGUGGACUACCACUGUUCUACCAGUCUCAGCCGAAGAAUGCCCCCGUGACCUUCAUUGUGGAUGGAGCAGUCGUCAAGUUUGGCCAGGGUUUUGGUAAAACCAAUAUAUAUACUCAAAAACAAGAGCCUCCUAAGAAGGUGAUGAUGACCAAACGGACUAAAGACAUGGGCAAGUUCAGCUCUGUUACUGUGUCUACCAUUGAUGAAGAGGAAGAAGAGAUUGAAGCUAGGGAAGUGGCUGACUCGUAUGCACAGAAUGCCAAAGUGAUUGAAAAACAGCUGGAACGCAAAGGCAUGAGCAAGAGGAGACUGCAAGAGCUGGCUGAACUGGAAGCUAAGAAAGCGAAAAUGAAGGGGACUUUAAUCGACAACCAGUUCAAAUGAGCAGGAUCUUUCUCUGAGCCCAGACUGGAGGCAAGCAUUUAGAUCAUAAAGAAAAAUAACUCCUUGAUUAUACGGAUUGGUUCCUACUUAAGCCCCAGCAGAAGGCUUUCUGUUGCUUCCAGUUGAUUUUCCUACAUUCAAUAAAGUCUUUGAGUCCAUUUGA